GCCUCCUCUCAGCACAGUCUGAGAACACAGGGAUUGAUCACGUGGUCACAAAGAUGGCGGCGCCCAUAGCUGAACACGGGGGCAAGAGAAUCCUACAUCAUGGUAUCCGCUGUUCCUUUUCCCGAGUGCAAUCUUGCAGACGCUGCUUCUCUACUGUACCCAGCAAUGAGGAAGCUCCACGCUACAAUGUUGUGGUGGUUGGAGGAGGGCAUGCUGGUACGGAGGCUGCAGCCGCAGCAGCGCGGACCGGUGCCAAAACAUUACUAGUCACACACAAGAUUGAAACAAUAGGUCAGAUGUCCUGUAAUCCAUCUUUUGGGGGCAUUGGGAAGGGACACCUCAUAAGGGAGGUGGAUGCUCUGGAUGGUGUUUGUGGAAGAAUUUGUGACCUUUCUGGAAUUCACUACAAGGUCUUAAACAGGUGUAAGGGACCUGCAGUAUGGGGGCUGCGGGCUCAGAUUGAUAGGACGAUGUACAGUCAAAAAAUGCAGGAAGAAAUUCUGAAUACGCCAGGUUUAACUGUGAGAGAGGGAUCAGUGGAAGAUCUUUUAUUGAAACCUCCAGAUCCGAAUUUACCAGGCAAAUGCCAGGUUAAUGGAGUCCUACUUGAUGAUGACAGUCAGGUAUUGGCGAGCAGCGUGGUGCUCACAAAUGGCACAUUCCUUCGUGGGACAGUUAAAAUAGGCACGGAGACACUGCCUGCGGGGCGUUGGGGGGAGAAGCCCUCAGUUGGCCUGGCACAGACAUUGGAACGUUUGGGGUUCACAGUUGGCAGGCUGAAGACUGGAACCCCACCUCGCAUUGCUAAAGACUCUGUGGAUUUUAGUGUUUUAGAAAGGCAUGAUGCUGAUAACCCACCAGUACCAUUCAGCUUUAUGAAUGAGAAUGUCUGGAUCAAGCCUGACCAGCAGCUUCCAUGUCAUAUGACUCGCACAACAGCUGGCGUGGAGCAGAUAAUCCGGGAAAACCUUCAUCUGAGCAACCAUGUCAAGGAGACCACUGCUGGACCCAGGUAUUGCCCCUCCAUCGAAUCCAAGAUUUUACGGUUCCCAGGCAGGUUUCACCAGGUCUGGCUGGAGCCAGAGGGGCUUGAUUCGGAUGUGAUUUACCCUCAGGGGCUGUCGGUGACCAUACCGGCUGAAGCUCAAGAGAGACUCUUGCGGGAGAUCCCAGGGCUACAAAACGUACAGAUGCUGAGGCCAGGUUAUGGGGUACAGUACGAUUUUCUAGACCCUCGUCAGCUCCGAACGUCGUUGGAAACUUUCAUGGUCCAAGGUCUGUUCUUGGCUGGACAGAUCAAUGGCACAACUGGAUAUGAGGAGGCAGCUGCUCAGGGAGUGAUUGCUGGAAUUAAUGCUGCGUUAAAGGUAAAAGGUCGCCCUCCUUUCUCUGUAAGCCGCACGGAAGGUUAUAUUGGCGUUCUGAUUGAUGAUCUCACUACUCAAGGCACCCGAGAACCAUAUCGUAUGUUCACAAGCCGUGCAGAGUUCCGGAUGUCUCUCCGGCCUGACAAUGCCGACGCCAGGCUUACCUUAAGAGCUUAUGAAGAAGCAGGGUGCAUAUCUCAGGACCGUUAUAAUCGUGCUUGGACCACCCAAAAGAUUCUGAGUGAGGGUCUUUCUACACUCUGCUCUCUGCAGCUUUCUUCCUAUAAAUGGCAUCAUCUCAUUCCCGGAUCCCCCAUCAGCUAUUCAAAAGGAUCCAUUCUCAGUGCGGCAGAUGUGUUACGAUAUCAGGCGUUGAACUUGGAAAUGAUAUGCAAGGUUUUCCCUGAAGCCUUAAAGAAAUUUGCUGAAAGGCGAGAGAUUGCUCAGCGCUUAAAGAUUGAAGCCAUGUACGAGUUGCAUGUAAAACAGCAGCAGAAAGAGAUUGCCGAAGUUCAGAAAGACGAGGCUUUGGUAUUGCCGGACGAUAUUGACUACUUGAACCUUAACUCUAUGCUGUCACUUGAAGUUCGAGAGAAGCUGUCACAAAGCCGACCGCAAACGAUAGGUGCAGCUGCACGUAUACCUGGCGUGACACCAGCAGCAAUUGUGAAUCUUCUACGAUAUGUGAAAAAUGCAGUCCGUGUUCCCAACACGAUGAGAGGGGCAGAGGAAUUUACAACAUGCAACCAAAAAUGAACCUUUAUUUAGAAAGCAAAGCAACCCACGGACAAUGCUCCCCAAUAACUGUCUGUUACAAGCACAUGGCGUGACGCUGGGCUAAUUAGUGCAAUACCUUGCAAUGUCUUGUUUUCUCUAUCAUUUUAAAACUGGGAACUAUUGGACUGCAAUCAAGAAAGUAUCGAUAAGCCAUAGCACAGACCACAUAUGUAGCACUUAAGUUAAUAAAACAGGUAGACAUGCCGUGUUUUCCCUGUUCUAGAGGACUUUAAUAAAAAGUACUU